AUACUCAGCGCUCGUAUAAAAGGAAAUUCAAACCUUAUGCUGAAUCGGCAGAAAAUGUUUACAAUUCCAAUUACACUUAUAAGUCAUUCAGUUGAUAUCUGAGCCCCAACGGAGCAACAACAGCGACGGGAGAACUAAAUCUAAUUUCUACACAAUUCGAUUGGCUGCACUCGAAAUUGUUAUCGAAUUCGAUAAAUCCAAUUGCCAUCUCAAGCGCUCAAUUUGAAAUGGAAAAUGAGAAGAUCGAUUCAUAUGAAUAUGGCAUAAAGUGUUUCCUUUGCCAGAAACUUUACACGGACAUUGAUGAGCUGCAGGAUCAUUUGCAAAACCAUUCCAUAGAGAGUACUACAAAUACAGCUCUGAGAUAUUACAAUUGUGAUGUGUGUGGCAGAGGUUUACGCUCCGAGGAAGAAUUGAAGAAGCACAUAAAACGUUUUCAUGGUACACAUCUGAUCAAAAAAGAGAUCGAGGCUGGAAGUCGAUACAAGUGCGACAAAUGUAGUGAUAUUUACAUAAGCUCUGAAUACUUGGAAAAGCACAAAGAAACGGCACACAGUGUACAAAAGGAAUUCAAAAUAAUCACGCGUAUAAUACCAGCGAAGCCCAAAUAUGCACCGCGUUCACCUUUCUUCAAUCCAAAUCUACUCAGUUGGGAUGCGUACUUAUAAUCAUAUAAUGAAAAAUUA